UUUACCGCUCGCCCACCUCCUUUUGUUACCCCCCGGUAUUAUUGUAGUUAGCUACACAUCUACUGCGAGUUGUUUCCUUUGUAAACCAACAUGAGGCGCACAAGAAGUUCGAGGAGUAAAACUCAGACCGCUCAAGAAGCCGAGGAAGUCCUGUCAAAAACAGUUUGGCAGUGGGAAGGCGAUGAAGGAUGGUGGGAACCAUACUCCCCUGCAGACUGCGUCCUGUUGGACUCAGCCGUCUCUUCGGGAAACACUUCCGUCACUCUGUCUCUGGGCUCCGGAACGAGCUACGAGGUCGACCUGAAGAAGAUGGUCCAGGUUAAUCCUGUCACCAAGUACAAGAGGAAGAUUCGCUCUCAGACCGUAAAACCAGAAUGUCUAAAUGUGGCAAGUGACUCGGCUACUCAAAAUGCGACGCCGGUUCAACUUAAAGAGGAAGAGGAUGAGGCGGAAAAGCAACCUGCAGCUAAAAGGAAGAGAGCGCAGAGCAAGAGUCAGGCAAAAACUGAGAAAAUGCCCAAAGAAGAAAUAAAAAGUGACGAGGUCGUGAGGACGGUGGUCAUGAAGGGAAAAGCUCCAUUGGACUCUGAAUGUAAAGCCAAGCUGGGAAAGGCUUAUGUUUACAGUUCAGGAAAUGAUGUUUACGACGUGAUGCUGAAUCAGACAAAUCUUCAGUUCAACAACAACAAAUACUACCUGAUCCAGCUGCUGCAGGACGACAGCUCCAAGGUGUACAGCGUGUGGUCGAGGUGGGGCAGAGUGGGUAAAGUGGGCCAGAGCAGCCUGACAGCCUGUGGCGGAGACCUGCUGAAAGCCAAAGAUAUCUUCAAGAAGAAGUUUUUAGACAAGACCAAGAAUGAGUGGGAAGACAGAGCGAGUUUUGAGAAAGUAGCUGGAAAAUAUGACAUGGUGUUCAUGGACUACAGCAUCAGCGAAAAGGAGGAGAGCCAGACCACUGUGGAUGCUGCGCCCGAUAAGAGGACCUCCCAGCUGGACGCCAAGAUCCAGUCGCUCCUGGAGCUCAUCUGUGACAUCAAAGCCAUGGAGGAGUGCGUGCUGGAGAUGAAGUUUGACACCCGGAAAGCUCCCCUCGGCAAGCUGACCACAGAGCAGAUCCGUGCAGGCUACAUGGCGCUGAAGAAAAUCGAGGAGUGUUUGAAGAAGAAGAGCAACAGUCGUGAGCUGCUGGAAGCGUGCAACCAGUUCUACACCCGCAUCCCUCACAACUUUGGGUUGAAAACUCCCCCAGUUAUUCAUACGGAAGAUGAGCUGAAGGAAAAAAUAUCACUUUUGGAGGCUCUGAGUGACAUUCAGAUAGCAGUGAAAAUGGUUCAGUCCAGUAAAAAUGGGGACGAGCAUCCUCUGGACAGACAGUACUCCUCCCUCCAUUGUCAAAUGCAGGCGCUGGACUCCAGCAGCAACGAGUACACGGUGGUCGAAAAGUACCUGCAGUCCACUCACGCCACCACCCAUCAUGACUACACCAUGACGGUCCUGGACAUCUUCUCAGUGGACAGAGAAGGGGAGAGGAACAACUUCCUCUCUCAGAUGGACAACAGGACUCUGUUGUGGCACGGCUCCCGCAUGUCGAACUGGGUCGGCAUCCUCAGCCAGGGGCUCAGAGUGGCCCCGCCCGAAGCCCCCGUCACGGGUUACAUGUUCGGUAAAGGGAUCUACUUUGCUGACAUGUCGUCAAAGAGCGCCAACUACUGCUUUGCCGGUCAGAACAACAACGUCGGACUUCUGCUCCUGUCUGAGGUCGCUCUGGGAGACAGUAACGAGCUGCUGGACGCCGACUACGAGGCCAACAACCUGCCCGCUGGGAAACACAGCACCAAGGGCCUGGGGAGGACCGGACCCAACCCCAAGAACUCUGUGGAUCUGGAUGGUGUGACCGUGCCCAUGGGGCCGGUGGAGAAGAUGGGGGUGGGUAAAAAAAGCUCUUACGCCCUCCUGUACAACGAGUUCAUCGUUUACAACCCGGCCCAGACCCGCAUGAGGUACCUGCUGCGGAUCAAGUUCAACUACUCUUCACUCUGGUGAUGAAGAACUGGUUCUGGAUGCAUGAAAUCUGGAGAUUUCUGGGUGAUUUUACAUUCCCCACAAAGCAGGGAAUCAUUCCCCAUGUACAGUAUGAUUCUGUUUAGCAGAGGAUGUGAAGGUGACAUGUGGAGCUGCAACAUCGACAUUGAAAAAGUGGUUUUAGUCAAUUUGAAGCUAAAAGACAAAUAGAUUAAAUAUAUCUUUGGGGUUUUAAAUUGUGAUUAAAAAAAGCCUCACCUGGAUCUGUGAAAGAUUGUCUUUUUUUCUGUCAAAACAAUUAUGGGAUUAAUCUCCAAAAUAACUGGCAGAUGAAGCCGUUGCAGCUCCACAGUGACGUCAACAGAUUAAAUGUGUAUGCUUCUCAAUUACAGCAAACAAAUACAGCAACAAAAAUACAUUUUUACUAAUUUUUGUUGUUGUUUUUGUCAGAAAGAUAUGUUGGACCCUGUCAAAUCAUUUCCUGAAUAUUGCUAUUUUUUUUCUGAACUUUGGUGAAGAGUGAUCCACGUUAACGUUUUGCACUACUUUUUGUUGUAUCGCGUUCUUCCUCAUGUCCAUGUGAGCUGUGUUGUGUGUCAAGUCUGUAUGAAACGCAAAUGUUCUCAUGGAUUAUCAGCGUCUGACUUAAUCAAACAAUGUAAUGAUGUGGAUGUUCUUGACGUGAGCUUUUCUACUGAAUAAGUACCUAAAGUCUAUUAAAUGUGUCUUAUUAGUGCUGAAA